AUGCCUGAACCAGGACAGCGGUUGAGCCAGAUCUCAGCUUCAAAGGGAGGCUCCGAUGGCCGACCGGCCAGCAAAGAUGGGAGAAAGGAGCUUUGGUCGUCCAUGCUUCAUGCUGGAGCGAGUGGGAAGCGGUUACCGGAAAAGACACUGCUAGUGCUUGGUGGUACCCCAGAGAGCCAACGAGAGUUUCUAGCAACGUUAUCUACCGAUCACGCUGAGUCCGGGCUACCUGCAGAACGACGAAAGCAAAAAGCACCACCCAUUGCAAACCAGUUUGCGCUCGGAUAUACAUACCAGAAUGUUCUCGAUGCGGAGCAGGAAGAUAUCCUUGCUAGAAUUUCAAUCUAUCUACUCUCAGAACCAUCAGCAUCUUACGCUCCCCUCCUCCAACCUUUGAUUAACCCGAAGACAGUCCCUGAGAUGUUGAUAGUUUUUCUUCUGGACUGGGAAAACCCCUGGACAUGGGUUAGAGAACUGAGAGAAUGGGUCCGGCUAUUGCGCUCGGUUCUCAUAUCACUGGAUGACGAGACGAAAGUUGUUAUGGAAGAGGUUAUGAGUGACUGGAAGGACCGUAGGAGAGGGUUAGAUCCUUCUCACGUCCCAGGGUCUGGUCCAGUAUCUUCUAUACCCCUAGGCCCCGGCGAGUGGGAUGAAGGGCUGGGCAUUCCUACAUGUGUUGUUUGUCAGGGUGCUGAGAAGAUUGAACAACUAGAAAAAGAUCAUGGCUGGAGAGAAGAAGAGUUCGACUACAUCUUACAGUUUAUGCGAACGAUUCUUCUCAAGCAUGGAUCAUCAUUAAUAUAUACCACCCGAUUCUUGGCCAACUCACUACAAGGUUUGAUACAGUCAUCACUCGGUAUCCAUUCACUCCUAAAACGACAAUCUCUCAAACAUAAUGUCAUCGACAGAGACAAGAUAUUAGUUCCUUCAAAUUGGGAUUCAUGGGGUAAGAUAAGGAUUAUCAGGGAAGGUUUUAAUAUCGAGGGUGUUGGGACUAGUUGGUCCGUUGAGAUACAAGGGCCACCAGAAUCUCUGAAACGAUCCAGCUCAGGUGAUGAUGAUGAAACUCAAGAGCGCGAAGACCCAGAUUCUGCAGCCAGUGCAGUGGCUAUUUAUGAACAAACUAUCAAAGAUCCCAAAGGCGCUGCAUCGAUAUCUCGUACGAGGCAGUCGGAAGGCAGUCAAAUUGAAGUGACAACGGUUGAUUCCCAGGCAUUCCUGACAGAGCAGGUUGAGGUACUUGAACAGCUUAAAGCAGAGGAUGAGAAACAAGAAAGACAGAUGCGCAAGGGCGGCGGUGUCAUCAAAGACUCAGACAUGAUGAUGGGCAUAGAUGAUAUGAACCGGGUAAAUGAGCAUAUUGGCCCUGUACAGUUUAAUAUGGGAGGCAUCCAAGUCGAUGCUGAUGACAUGCUACGGAGAUUAAAGGAGAGAGAAGCUAGCCGUGCAUCGGUAAGAAGUGGUUCCGUAUCACCAACACCUCCAGGCGGGCCAACAUCUCCCGGCAUACCUCCUAUCGGUCAAGGUACCGAUGGCAAGCUUGGUAAUGAAGGGCUAGCUACCUUCUUUGCCGGCCUAAUGAAGAAGUCUGGUGGUAGUCCAAGGUCUAACACAACCACUUAG